AUGUCAAUCACACAGCGUAACCUCAUGCAGCUUGUCCCCUUCGCCAAGACUCCGCGCCAACGAGCGACCUUGCUUGCACUAAUGGCUACCUAUGUCAUGGAACGACCUCUCAUCCCCGAAAUACGUUUCUCGCUCGAGACGACAACUGACGUCACUGCUAUCCUGGACUAUCGUUUUGACAUCGCUGGUAUCAAGCAGUUGGGCUUUGUUCUUGGUUUUCCUGCAGUGAUCAUCACGCAGAACCGCGUCCGAGUGCACCGGGACGAGACCAUGAGUGUGUUGUUGGGUCGGUUGGUGUUCCCCUUGUACGCGCAGUGGGGGACUUUGCUGUAUUUCAACCAAAAUCUCGUUGCCAAGAACAUUGAUCGGUACUGCACUGCUGUCACCUCCAAAGGGGCGCCACUUUCAAGCGUGUUUGGCUUCAUCGACGGCACCAAAAAGCGCAACCACUGCCACAACUAUCAGGGAGUCACUGCCCCUGACGGUAUCUGCGUGCACGUUUUUGGCCCGGUCGAAGGUCGGCGCUACGAUGCGACCAUGCUGCGUGAGAGCGGGUACAAGUACCUGGGGGGCGCCGAAACGUGUUUUAGGGGAAAUCGAUGUAUGGCGAUCCAGCGUAUGGAAUUGUGCCUUACUUGA